CCCGUGCUGUGACUGUGAGUGAAUCGCACGAGCCGGCGGGACAGAGAGCAGGACAACGGAUCCUCGCCGCCGACGCCGACGCCGACGCCGCCACUCGCCACUCGCCACCUGCCCACCUCCGUGGCUCCUUGCCCCGGCCCCCCGCUGCAAGCCUGCAACGCAUCCUCCUCGCGCCGCACAUUGCCCGGCGGACCGGCCGGUCCGCCCUACCUCCGUCCCGUAGGCGCCCCUGCCCCUGCCCCAUCCCACCAAACCAAACCCUAGCCGCCGCCACCGCCAAAGCCGGUAGGGAUGGCGAAUUCAUGGAUGGCAUGAGGGCGGCUCCCUCUGGUUCCAAUCUCCCAACUUUCUUCCGCUGGUGCCUUGGCGGCAUGGCCGCCUUUGCCUCCGGCCCUGGUUCUGGCGCCGCCUCUGCUCCGGAUGCGGCUGCGGCUGAGAGGGUAUUACGACUGGGGAAGGAGGUGGAGGUGGAGUGCGGCGACAUCUCCGCCUCGCAGGAGGACCUCCUCGCCCGCGCCCCCUUCCUCGGCGGCGGCGGCGGCGGGGAGGAAGAGGCCGAGGUGUUCAGUACCCCUCCUCUUACUCAGGGCCAGCAGAGUCAACAGAGCCAGCAGGGCCAAGGGGUACAAGAGGAGGAGGAAGAUGCCAUCACCAUGUGCUCCCUCCCGUUCACCCAGCCUUCCCCUUCCGUUCCCUCUUCGGAGGACAAGGAGGAUCAGGCGCUGACGGUCUCCAAGCCGCGGAAGCCUCGGGUUUGCACCAGGAAGGUGAGAGGCGCCAGGAUCAGGACUCCAACACCGAGCCCGAACCAGAGCCCUGACAAUCGUAGCACCAGCACCAACACCAGCAGCAUUGUCGACCCUCUCUAUAGGGCUGUGCUCAUGAUCCCCACAAAUCCUGCUCCACCCACCGCUGCUGAGGACCUCCUCGCGCUUGCUCGCAACCGCGGCAUCUUCUAACCUCCCUAGUUCGCGAUGAUGGAAGCUAAAAAUAACAUCGAUAAGGAGGGCCAUAGAGACCUGAGAACACCAACAAUGUCAGAUAUUGCUUAUCCGAGAAGCUGAUUUGGGAAAUCCUGGGGAUUUGGAGAUCUCCAGGGUUCUUCAGUUGGUCAGACAUCUCCCAGGCAGUUUACCUAGCAGCUAAUCAUUGGAGAAGGCUUAAGAGUAGAGACAAAUUGGCAGAGCAUCGUGCAAUGCAGGGAAGCACUUCUGCACUUGGGCUGAUGGAGAGCCAGGCCACUGCGCUUUGCUCGCAAUCUCGUGCCUAUAGUGAUGAACUUGUUUGAGGUUAUGUUUCCCAUUGCCAUUGGGACUUCUUGUACAAGGCUUGCUACGUUCUGCUCCAGUCCAGUAAGAUGGUUCUGACUACCUGCUGGAAUAUAGGUAGUUAUAUCGCUUAAAGAAUCGGGGACCAUCCGGCGUUCGGCGCGUCCUUGCUCGCCGCGUGGCUUCAGCAUUGCGCUGGUUGCCAAUCGCGCCGUCGAGCGCUGGCCGGCAGGCGUCGAUUGCCGCGUGUCCGCAAGUUCGCGUGCCGCCUACGUGGGGCGUCAUUCUUGCGUCGCGAAGAAAUCGAAGCCUCGGCACGCUGCUGACUCCAAAGGUCCGUAGCAUUGUGUUGUUGUGCUAGGUGUUUCAGACCAUCAUGAUUGUUGUUGGUGACCUCUAUUUUUCCCUCUUUCUAUUUCUCAAAAAGGAAAAAAAAAAGAGAGAUGCCAAGCGAAUGACCUUUA